AUGAUUCAAGAAAACCUUGUUUUAAAAUUGAUCUUCAAAGAUAUUAAACUUAAAUUUUCAGUCCCAGAUCCUACUUAAACUAUUGAAUAACUCAAAGAAAUUAUAAUAUAAAAGUUAUCAGAAUAAGGAAUAAAUUUACAACCAAAUAAUGUAUAAUGUAAUGAUUCUGAUGAUUUUAUGCUUAAUUCAUCAGAUAUUAUUGGAUAACUAUUAAAAUAAAAUGACACAGUCAAAUUAGUAGAGAAGAUAGCAGAUAAUAUAAUAUAAUAAUAAUAAUAAUAAUAAUAACAAUAAUAAUAAUAAGAUAAUACAGAAGCACCUCAAAUAAUUUAAUAAUAAGAUCCUGCUGAAGCAAUUGUUGUACUUUAUGAUAUAUCAGGUUCAAUGAGUUCAUAAUUUUUUGGAGAUAAAGAACUUUCAAGAAUGGGUGCAGUAAAUGCCUUCUUUUCAGCCUUUGCUGAUAAAACUUUAGCUUUUGAAUUUAAUCACAUUGUAAAAUUAGUUUGGUUUGGAUCAUAAUUAUAUGAUAAAUGUGAAUUUACAAGUGAUUUUAAUAAAUUUAUCAAAUUGGUAGAUGAUGCUAAUCCUGGAGGAUCAACUAAAUGUUAUGAUGCAAUUGAUUAUGCUAUUAAUAAAUUAUUAGAAGUCAAAUAAAAAUAUCCAGAUAUUGUAUUGAGAAUACUUGCAUUAACAGAUGGAGAAGAUAAUGCUUCUACUAGUAAACCUAAUACUUUAGUAUAAAAGAUAUUUGAUCAUAAAAUCAUUAUAGAUUCAUUUGUUGUAGGUGAAAAUUGUGUUGGUUUAAAGACAUUGACUCAUGCUAGUAAUGGUAGAUGUUAUUGUCCAAGAGAUUUAGGAUAAGGGAUGUCUCUAUUUGAAAUAGAAAGUAUUUUAAGUACUAGCAGAAGAGAAAAAGUAGAAUAGGCAACAAAUGUUGUAGAUUUGGAUGCAAUUAAAGGAAAACCAUUUGAUACUGAAGGAAUGAAGGUUGUGACUUUAGAUGUAUCAAAUAGAGCAGUUAUGAAAAGAGAAGAAAUUGUUAAAAGAGCCAAAGAAGCAGAAGCUUAGGAUAAUCAAUAAACUACUUCUACAGGUGUUGAAGGAAAAAAGGCUGCCGUAGGAAGUGGUGGAAGAGAUAGAAGAGUAUUGAAAGAAUUAAAUGAUGCUGUAACUAAAGGUUAUGGUGAAUGUAAAAUAUAUCCAACUGCAGAUGAUAUUGGAAUUUGGAAAAUAUUAAUAAUAGGUCCUAAAUGUACUCCAUUUGAGAAUGGUAUUUAUUAGUUAACAUGUGUAAUUCCUUAAGAUUAUCCAUUUAAACCUCCUAAAAUUUCAUUUGUUACUAAAAUGCAUCAUCCUAAUAUAAGCAAAGCUUCUGGAGCACUAUGUUUAGAUGUAUUAAAAGAUAGAUGGAGUCCUGCUUUGACUGUAUUUUCAGUCAUCCUUUCUAUUAGAAGUUUAUUAACUGAUCCAAAUCCAGAUGAUGCUUUAGAUAGUAAUGUUGCAGCUGAAUAUAAACAUGAAAAAAAAUUAUAUGAAGAAAAUGUAAAAAAAGAAAAGCUACUUUAUGCUAGUCCAACAGUUGAAGAUUUAUUAAAGGAUGUAUUAGGUUCAGUUAGUGUUGAUUCUCAAGAAUAUAAAGAUGCUCAUAAAGAUCUCAGUGAAUGGAUAAAAUAGUAUGCACAAUGA